GAAGCGAUCUGUUGUUUAGGGCCACUGAGCAGCCAAUUGUUGUGCGGUUCUUCAUCUCCCUCCCUUGUUUUUAGCCUCUAUCGCUCCCCGCGGUGGUCCCUUCCUCAGAUCAGGAGAAACAUCUGGUACGGAUCGAGAGAGAUAAUGUCGCAGAAGAAAUUCAUCUUCGAGGUCGAGGAGGGGAAGGCAUCUAGCGAUGGACGACCUUCUGUUGGCCCUACGUACCGCAGUGUCUUUGCCGAGGGAGGAUUUCCCGAGCCGAUCGAAGGAAUGGAGAGUUGCUGGGAUGUUUUCCGCAUGUCUGUUGAGAAAUAUCCAAACAAUCGGAUGCUGGGUUACCGGAAGAUUGUAGACGGGAAGGCGGGAAAGUAUGUGUGGCAGACAUACAAAGAAGUUUAUGAUAUUGUCAUAAAGCUUGGAAAUUCUCUCCGUAGUUGUGGGAUUGAAGAGGGAGGAAAAUGUGGUAUCUAUGGCGCCAAUUGCCCUGAGUGGAUCAUAAGCAUGGAGGCUUGCAAUGCACAUGGUCUCUACUGUGUCCCUCUAUAUGAUACAUUAGGUGCUGGAGCUGUUGAAUUUAUUCUCUGUCAUGCAGAGGUCUCAAUUGCCUUUGUAGAGGAGAAGAAGAUCCCUGAGCUAUUUAAGACUUGCCCAAGCUCCACAAAGUACUUGAAGACUGUUGUGAGUUUUGGCAGUGUCAAACCCGAACAAAGAGCAGAAGCCGAAAAGUUGGGAUUGGUAAUAUAUGCUUGGGAUGAGUUUUUGGAGCUGGCUGAAGGCAAGCAAUAUGAACUUCCGAUAAAAAAGAAAAGUGACAUUUGCACAAUUAUGUAUACUAGUGGUACCACUGGUGACCCAAAGGGAGUGAUGCUUUCGAAUGAAAGCAUUGUCACUCUGAUUGCGGGAGUGGAUCGUCUGCUGGAAAGUGUAAACGAAGCGCUACACGUGGGGGAUGUGUUUCUUUCAUAUCUUCCUCUUGCACAUAUCUUUGAUCGGGUUAUCGAGGAGUGUUUUAUUCAACACGGUGCUUCAAUCGGGUUCUGGCGUGGGGAUGUCAAAUUGUUGAUAGAAGACCUUGGUGAGCUAAAACCAACUGUUUUUUGUGCUGUUCCUCGUGUACUAGAUCGAGUAUACUCAGGUUUGCAGCAGAAACUAUCUGCUGGUAGUUUCUUCAAAAAGAAAAUUUUUGAUGUUGCAUAUUCCUAUAAAUUUGGAAAUAUGAAGAAGGGACAUACUCAUGUGGAGGCUUCCCCCUUUUUUGACAAACUUGUGUUCAAUAAGGUUAAGCAAGGGCUCGGAGGCAAUGUGAGAAUCAUUUUAUCUGGAGCGGCACCUCUUGCCAGUCAUGUAGAAUCAUUUCUCAGAGUGGUUGCGUGCUCUCAUGUUCUACAAGGAUAUGGUCUAACUGAGAGCUGUGCUGGAACUUUUGUCUCGCUGCCAAAUGAAGUGGAAAUGCUCGGCACUGUUGGUCCUCCAGUGCCAAAUGUAGAUGUACGCCUUGAAUCUGUUCCUGAGAUGGAAUAUGACGCUCUAGGAAGCACACCACGUGGUGAAAUCUGCAUUAGGGGAAAAACCUUGUUUACCGGGUACUACAAGCGCGAAGACCUCACCAAUGAGGUUCUCAUCGAUGGAUGGUUGCACACAGGUGUUUUUUUCUUCUCUGAAUCCGUAUUUUUUUUCCUUUAGUUAUGACUGGAUUGU